AGGUGCCGCAGGAAGCCGUCAUCCUUGCAGAGUAAAAAGAAGAGAACGGUUUUCAUUUGCAACAUUCCUCAUUUAUUACAAGAAGUUAUAUUUACAAGCUUUUGUGUUGGACUAAAAUGAGCGCUGUUGUACCCAACCAUCGAAGGACCAAGCCUGGUGGCAUAAAACCAGGGGCUGCUAACAGCGGCGUGACCGGACCCACUUCCCAGAUCCCCGGGCUGUGUCAGAGCGCCAGUGAAAGCAGCACGCAUGUGGAGAGGAUCAGCGGGCGACGCGUGGGGAUCUUCGAGAGCGACUCUGACUACGUGAAGCUCGCUAAGCAAGGGGGACACAAAGGGCUGCUGAGUCAUGACGUGGACGUUGAUGACAGCCUGAAGAAACCGUACGUCCCACCCAACUUGUUUGGAGGCGAUGACUCAAAGAGUGGAAGUAAAGCAACCUCUCCAAACAGCCAGAUGAAGGCAGGCAGGCAGCCUCUGGCUGCUCCCUUUGGCACUGAUAACGGUUCGCCCUGGGAAAGAGAGGCUGAUAGGUUUUCCCCGGAUAAAGAGAAGAUGUCUCCAGAUGAUGCUGCCCAACACAUGGAGGGUUUGCCGUUAACCAAUAAGUACAAGAGAAUAUCCUACGAAAAGAAGGCUCCUCCAGUCAGCAUGUCCAAGCUGCUCAGUCAUGGCUACGUAGAGGAGAAGAAGAAAUCUGCCAACGAUGACGAUGCCUCAAGUGUGACCUCAGAACAGACCAGCACCAUCAUGACGGAGGACGUGGAUGAUCUGGAGUAGUGCGCCGAGGUUCUGCUCUGCUAGAAAAUAAAACGAGGGGGGUUGUACCCCUCCAACCCCCCCUCGUUAUGGUUCACUCAUCUGUUGUUUAUCCACUGACUGUUAAGUUUUUGUAUUUAUGUUUAUGCAAGUAUGCUCUCCUCUUUGAGUCGCUCCACUUCGUUUCAAGAAAGAAGUGUGUGUAAAUCUUGUCGGCGCUGGUUGUAGUUUUAAUUUAAAUUUGUCGUACUCCUCGAUUUGAAAGACAAAAGUUCGGCGCAGGGCUGGAAAUUAGCAGCUGCUGGCUUGUUUACAGUUUUCCUUUCUCCGUAGAGCUGCUGUUAGUUUCCUUCCUCGGUUGUAUGAAGAUCGAGCUGGUGAAGUUGUGAUGUUCGUGUGAAGACGUUGUGGUUCCAGUGAUGUGAAGUAUAGUUUGUUUCGAUGAGGGGGGCUCCUGCCUUAUGAAGUGACAUGAAAGGCUUUUGUGUUCUAGUGGGCGAUCAUUUAGUUGAGACGGUAAUCUGUCGGAAAGAGCAAAAUUAUUAUUAUUUUUUGUUAAACAUGAAAAAGUUUACACGAUAACUGCUGCAUUUAUAGUUUACUCGCUAAAAGCUAAAAAUAUUAACAAAUCAGACAAAGCUGAUAGUCAGCAAUAGUGCCAAGCUUUCCUCUCGCUGUUAAAUAAAUUACUUUUUUUGUUCUCACAAAAAAAAUAAAAGUGUGGUUUUCCUCUGCAGACUGACAAACUGAAAGGUUCUGUAAAGUGGAUUGGGUUUUUAAAAAGGGAGUUCUGAAUCUGCCAACUACACUUAAAUGUCUUUGGUUUGUAGACAUCGGUU